CUGCGUUUCGCGCACCACUUGGCAGGAAGAGGCCGUCUUUCGAUCUUUCAUUGAAAUAGCUGCUUUCGCUCAGCCCUGUGUGCCCCCUCCUCCACUCCUCGGCCUCUCCCUCCCGUCGCUCUUCCACGCGCAUCCCUUGCAGUGACUGGCGAACUGAACCACAGCUCGGAACACGUAAGCAACAGCGUCGGUCUGCCUGUGUGAAGAUUGCAGUGUCUGUACCCGCAGCCUCCGCGAGCCUUUCCUUCAGCACAGACGUGAUUUGCGUGUUUCGUUGGAAUAUAAAAUAUUCGAAUAGCUUGAUUCGAUCAAACUGCUGACGGCUAAAAGCUGUGUUUAUGAAUUAGUCGGACUCCGUUUCUGGUAUUAUAGCCAUUGUUCGUAAUAUUAGCUUGCAAGGUUAGACAAGCACCGCUUCGGAGCAAAAAUGUUGGAUCCAUCGUCCAGCGAGGAGGAAUCGGACGGGAUAGUAGAGGAGGAAAGCAAAGAAAUACUGGCACCCCAGGCAGGAUCCUCUCGCAUCUCUCCGAAUAGGAGCAAUGAGAGCACCGACAGGCUCCAGCCCAGCAGCCGCGGUAGCAGUGCCCGUCCAUCCAGCCCAAGCCCGUCGGCCGCCAGCGAGCAGGAGAAAGAGGACGUAGAGAAAUUGCAGAGGGAGGAAGAGGAGCGAAAGAAGAAGCUCCAACUCUAUGUCUUCGUGAUGCGAUGCGUCGCUUAUCCUUUCAACGCCAAGCAACCGACGGACAUGGCAAGGCGGCAGCUAAAGAUCACCAAGCAGCAGCUACAGACCACCAAGGAUCGCUUUGAGUCUUUCCUUAAAGGAGACACUCAGAUUGUGGCAGAUGAGGCCUUCAUCAAUGCAGUUCAGAGCUACUAUGAGGUGUUUCUCAAAAGUGACCGUGUGGCUAAGAUGGUCCAGACUGGGGGUUUCUCAGCUGUGGAUUUUCGUGAAGUCUUCAAACGUCACAUCGAGAAGCGCGUCCGCAGCCUGCCUGAGAUUGAUGGUCUGAGCAAGGAGACAGUGCUAAGCUCCUGGAUGGCCAAGUUUGACACCAUCUACCGAGGAGAUGAAGACCCUCGUAAGGCCCAGCAGCGCAUGACAGCCAGUGCUGCCUCUGAGCUCAUCCUCAGCAAGGACCAGCUCUAUGAGAUGUUCCAGCAGAUCCUUGGCAUCAAAAAAUUUGAGCACCAGCUACUGUACCAGGCCUGCCAGUUGGAUAAUCUGGAUGAGCAAGCUGCUCAAAUCAGGAGAGAACUUGAUGGGCGCCUUCAGAUGGCUGAUCAGAUUGCCAGGGCUGGCAAGUUCCCCAAGUUUGUGUCUAAGGAGAUGGAGGCCAUGUACAUUGAGGAACUGAAGUCAUCAGUGAACCAGCUGAUGGCCAACUUGGAGAGCAUGCCUGUGUCCAAGGGGGGUGAGUUCAAACUGCAGAAGCUGAAGAGAGGACACAACACCUCCAUCAUCGACAUGGGCCAGGAGGACGAGAACCAGCUGUCCAAGUCAGAUGUGGUCCUGUCCUUCACCCUUGAGGUGGUAAUCAUGGAGGUGCAAGGGCUCAAGUCUCUGGCCCCAAACCGUAUUGUGUACUGUACCAUGGAGGUGGAGGGAGGAGAAAAGCUACAGACUGACCAGGCUGAGGCCUCAAAGCCAACAUGGGGGACUCAAGGAGACUUCACUACAACACACCCUUUGCCUGCAGUCAAAGUCAAACUGUUCACUGAGAGUACCGGAGUGCUGGCCCUGGAGGACAAGGAGCUGGGCAGGGUUGUACUUCAUCCAACCCCAAACAGUCCCAAGCAAUCAGAGCUGCAUAAGAUGACUGUGACCAAGGCCUGUCCUGACCAAGACCUGAAGAUCAAACUUGCUGUUCGCAUGGACAAGCCUCAGAACAUGAAGGCUUGUGGGUAUUUGUGGGCGUUUGGGAAAAAUGUCUGGAAACGCUGGAAGAAGCGAUUCUUUGUUCUGGUUCAGGUGAGCCAGUACACAUUUGCCAUGUGCAGCUAUCGGGAGAAAAAGUCAGAGCCACAGGAGCUACUGCAGCUAGAUGGAUAUACUGUGGAUUACACUGACCCACAGCCUGGUUUGGAUGGAGGACGUGCUUUUUUUAAUGCGGUGAAGGAGGGCGACACUGUGAUCUUCGCCAGCGAUGAUGAGCAGGACCGCAUCCUGUGGGUGCAGGCCAUGUAUCGGGCCACCGGCCAAUCACAUAAACCUGUCCCACCCACCCAGGUCCAGAAACUCAAUUCCAAGGGUGGAGCUUCGGCACAGAUGGAUGCGCCCAUCUCUCAGUUCUCUGGACUUAAGGAUGCUGACAGGGCACAGAAGCACGGCAUGGAUGAGUUUAUCUCGGCUAACCCCUGUAGCUUUGACCACGCCUUGCUGUUCGAGAUGGUGCAGAGACUCACACUGGACCACAGGCUCAAUGACAACUUUGCAUGCCUGGGAUGGUUCAGUCCAGGCCAAGUCUUUGUUCUGGACGAGUACUGUGCUCGAAAUGGAGUGAGGGGAUGUCACAGGCACCUGUGUUACCUUAGAGACCUGCUGGAGAGAGCAGAUGGGGGGAACAUGAUUGACCCUACGCUGCUUCACUACAGCUUUGCUUUUUGUGCCUCCCAUGUCCAUGGCAACAGACCUGAUGGUCUUGGAACUGUGAUAGUGGAAGAAAAAGAACGAUUUGAAGAAAUCAAAGAGCGAUUACGUGUUCUUCUAGAGAACCAGAUCACAAACUUUAGGUAUUGUUUUCCUUUUGGUCGCCCUGAGGGAGCACUGAAAGCCACGCUGUCUCUGUUGGAGAGGGUCCUUAUGAAGGACAUUGUGACUCCAGUACCACAGGAAGAAGUGAAGACUGUCAUCCGGAAAUGCCUGGAACAGGCAGCUCAAAUCAACUACCAGCGCAUUACUGACUACGCAAGGGUGGAAGGAAAAAAGAGGGAAAUGUAUGAUCACCCUGUCUACUCCUUGGCUACACAAGUGAUGGAUUUAACCAUCCUUGAGAAAUCUCUAAAGGAUCAAAGGGAUCCAGAGAAUGUAGCCAACCUAGCUACACCUGCCAAAAAACUGGAGCAUGUCAUUCGCCUGGCAGAGUUAGUCCUAGAGGUUCUUCAGCAGAAUCAGGACCAUCACGCUGAGGCUGCGGUCACAAGUACAGGAGACCAGUCGGGAAAAGAGGCCUUUGCAUGGUGGUCAGAUCUGAUGGUGGAGCACGCUGAGCACUUCUUGUCCCUCUACGGUGUCGACAUGGAUGCAGCGCUAGAGAUCCAGUCUCCUGAAAGCUGGGACAGUUUCCCACUCUUCCAGCUUCUUAAUGACUUCCUACGAACUGAUUACCAUCUGUGCAACGGAAAGUUUCACAAGCACCUGCAGGACCUGUAUGCCCCCCUGGUGGUGCGAUAUGUCGAUCUAAUGGAGUCCUCCAUCGCUCAGUCCAUUCACAGGGGCUUUGAGCGUGAGUCAUGGGAGCCUGUAAAGAGUUUAACAAGUAAUCUGCCCAAUGUGAAUCUACCAAAUGUGAACCUCCAAAUUCCCAAAGUACCAAAUCUUCCCGUGCCUGUAGCAGGACUAUCUGUUAACCUUCCACAAAUGCCUAGCUUUUCCACUCCAUCCUGGAUGGCUGCUAUAUAUGACUCUGAUAAUGGCUCUGGGACAUCAGAAGAUCUGUUCUGGAAGCUGGAUGCCCUGCAGACGUUCAUCCGAGAUCUGCACUGGCCUGAGGAGGAGUUUGCCAAGCACCUAGACAACCGUAUGAAGCUCAUGUCAAGUGACAUGAUCGAGUCUUGUGUUAAACGCACCAGAGCAGCAUUUGAGUCCAAGCUGGCCAAGAGUAGCCGUUCUACAGAUUUCCGUAUUCCACUGUCUCUAUGCACCAUGUUCAACGUGAUGGUGGAUGCCAAGGACCAGUCAGCUAAAUUGUGUGCUAUGGAGAUGGGCCAAGAGAAACAGUAUCACUCUAAAAUUGAUGAUCUCAUCGAAGAGAGUGUGAAGGACAUGAUUUCUCUUUUGGUGGCUAAGUUUGUGGCAAUUCUGGAGAGCGUUCUAGCUAAGAUCUCCAGGUAUGAUGAGGGAACACUCUUCUCAUCCUUCCUCUCCUUUACGGUGAAAGCAGCAUCCAAGUAUGUGGAUGUCCCUAAACCGGGAAUGGAUGUUGCUGAUGGCUAUGUGACCUUUGUUCGUCAUUCUCAGGACAUACUGCGAGAUAAGGUCAAUGAGGAGGUGUAUAUAGAGAGGUUAUUUGAUCAAUGGUAUACAGCAACCAUGAAUCUUCUGGGAACCUGGCUCACUGACCGAAUGGACCAACAGCUCCAUGUCUACCAACUCAAAAUCCUCAUCCGGAUUGUAAAGAAAAAAUAUCGAGACUUUAGGCUGCAAGGUGUUCUUGACUCAACACUGAACAGCAAGAUGUAUGAAACAGUACGGAACCGCCUCACAUUAGAAGAGGCCACUGCUUCCGUCAGAGAGGGCGGCAUGCAGGGCAUUUCCAUGAAGGACAGUGAUGAAGAGGAUGAGGAGGAUGAUUAGGGCACCAACCCACCUGGUGCCCCACCCCUGCCACCUGAAACCUGGCCCAUCAGCACCACCCUACCCUAUCCCAACUUAGCUUGGUAACAGAAGAUGCAUGUACCAACUCUGAUAAUUCCAGUUAGUCACUCUAGGACACCCCUUCCCAUCAGCUCGAAUUGCCCACAAACAGAGCUAAAGUCAAGAAAAUAUCUAGUAAUUAUACUGAGUAAAAAGAAACUUUAAGAGUUACAAGAAUGUGAUUGACAAAUUUAGCUGUGCAAUGAUAUAGUAAAGAAAAAAACUAACACAGAUAUUUGGACUGAUGCUACUUGGGAAUUUAUUUCUAAUUGUUCCUAAGCAAUAUGGAGUACCAUUUGUUUGACAAUGUCGAGUGAGAUUAUUAGGUGUGUCCCUGUCCAAUGCGAUAGCAUAUAUGGCGCUUCUUUGACGUAUUCUUACAUACAUUAAUGGUACAUUGUUGUGAAGAUGAGUGUAUGGAUCCUUUUCUUUGUAUUGUCUGUUUUCAAAGUGGAUGCCAACUGCUUCAAAACUAAAAAUGAACAUAUGUAUUUAAGUUAAAAGCUGUUAACUGUCAAUGUCCUCUGUGUCUGCACAUUCUCAUAAAAAUGUAUGUUUUAGUUUUUUGUUUUUCUUCCUUUUUUAUCUUAUUUGUGCUGAGGUUCUGUGACUCUAAUGAGGCUUUUAUGUUGCACCUCACCAACAACACAUUGUUUCACAUUCAUCUCAAAAUGAAAAUUAAUUGGUAUUCUAGAAAGGCAAUAUUCUCUUAGCUCCAUUUUGAUAUAUUAUUAGAGACGUCUUUUUAUUUGGAUGUCAGUAAUGACCACAAAAUAUAUUUUUGUUCAGUUUAACUUUUACAAAGAAAAGAGAUAUCUUGUUUUGUUUUUUUGUUUUUUGGGGGUUUUUUUUGUUUGUUUUGGUUCUAUUAAAGAUAUUGUUUUCUGUUAUUACUUCUGUAGCCAGAGAUAUGUGCCAUUUCUGGGGGGGGUCUCACUAUUGUUUUGUAAAUACAAAGCUGUACAUUGCAUUCUGAGCCAUCACUGCAUGCCUGUGGGUUCCACCUUCUCCAAAAGCUUUUUUUUUUCUGUGUCAGUUAGCUGGUGGAUUCAUUCUUGGGUUUGCCUUAUAAAAAGCCAACAGUUGUAAUAUGCAAGAGCUGUGGCCUCUCAAUAAAUAUAACUGUACAAAUGCA